AUGUCCCCCUCCUCGCAGAAGCAGCAGCAGCAGCAGCAGCAGCAGCAGCAGCAGCCGACCGACUCGGCCGACGAGAUCAUCCCGAUCGACCUCGUUGUCCCCGCCAACUCCUCCCCCGCUCCCCCUCCUCCUCCUCCGACGCCCGUUGCGCCCAGUCGCAACUCGAUCCCGAUCUACGCCGCCCUGCGUAGCCUCCCCUCGCAGUCGGCCAUCAGUCACGCUCUCGCCUGCGCGCGCUUCUACAAGCUGCGCUGCAACCUCAAGCUCAAGCUCUCCGGUCGCGCCAACGCGUCCGACGACACGGUCGACAUGUGGGCGUCGUGCGACUCGCUCCUUGCCCUGCUCGAGGGUCUUCCGGGUACUCGGCCGCAGUGGUGGGUCUACUCGAGCGACACGCUCGAGAGUCUGUGGCCUUGGUUGCCCGAAUCGGAGGUGGGCGAUGCAGUCGACGAGCCGACGCGUCUGCGUCGCAUUCGGCAGUUCUUGGCGCGUCUGUUGCUUGCGUUGUUGCGCUUCCGCCUGCUCAGACGCCGCCAGGUGGCGCCUGUGGAGCCCGAAUCGUCGCACAUCUCGUUUGACGAGAUCUUUGCCACUGCUGCUCGUCGGAUCGCCGAUGAAGCUGCGGCGGUUGCUGCUGCUGAGCAGUCGACUGUGCGGGCUGACACGCCUCGUCCAUCGAUGGCUUUGCCCCGACCGAAUUUCGAGACCGAGCAGACUCGUGCCGAAGAGAUGUUGCGACGCGAGUCUCGGGCGUACCACAAUCGUCCUGCUCCCGCUGGUCCUCCCGACUUUCGCCGUUUUGAGGCUCGGCCUGCCGACUGCCCCUGUGGGAGUGUCUGCGUGUGCUACCGAACCCCGGAUGGGCCUCUCGAGCCGAUGAUCGUCGAUCGCAGGCGUCGCGUGACGCAUCUCAACCUGCCCGUCCGUUUUGCAACGGGCGAUGUUCACAACGCACGCCCCACCGUCCGACGCAACCUCAAUCGCCUCGACGAGCACAUUGCAGUGCCCCAGGCCGAACUCGACAACUCGCGCCGCGGAUUCGAGUGCAUGCAGGGAUUCUACAUCCCCGAUACGCACUCCGAUGACGAGGACGACGGUAAGGCCGAAGACGAGUGGCUCGAGGUGAUGCGUGGUGACAAACGCCGCAAGGGCAAGCGUCGCGCUUAG